AUGGUGUCCUUCCAACCCCAGAAGCCCAAAAACCUUCCAAAGCCCCAGCAGGCCGGCUACAACCCUAAGCCCCACCAGCCCAAACCUCAGCAGGCCGCCAACCCUUCAAAUCCCCUGCAGUCUUGGUACCAGCCCAAACCCCAGCAGACCAAGCCCAACCAGCCCUCCUACCCUUCAAAUCCUCAGCAGGCCAAGCCCUACCAGCCUUCAAAUCCUCAGCAGGCCAAGCCCUACCAGCCUUCAUACCCUUCAAAUCCUCAGCAGGCCAAGCCCUACCAGCCAGCCUACCCUUUGAAUCCCCAGCGGGCUACCAACCCUUCAAGUCCCCUGCUGUCUAGGUACCAGCCAAAACCCCAGCAGCCUUCUUACCAUUCAAAUCCUCAACAGGCCAAGCCCUACCAGCCAGCAAACCCUUUGAAAUCCCCAGCGGGCUACCAACCCUUCAAGUCCCCUGCAGUCUCGGUACCAACCCAAACCCCAGCAUCCUGCCUACCCUUCAAAUCCUCAGCAGGCCAAGCCCUACCGGCCUUCAUACCCUUCGAAUCCUCAGCAGGCCAAGCCCUACCAGCCUGCCGACCCUUCAAAUCCCCUGGCAGUCUAGGUACCCGGCCAAAACCCCAGCAGCCUUCCUACCUUCAAAUCCUCAGCAUGCCAGCCCCUACCGCCUCCUACCCUUCGAAAUCCUCUAGCAGGCCAAGCCCUACCAGGCCCUCAUACCCUUCAAACCCUUCAGCAGGCAAACCCCUGCAAUGGGUGUGCUCCAAAGUAAAAGCUGGGCAUGUGGAAACUUUCCUUCCCAAGGAAGUGGUUGCUUCUGGCUCUAAUGUGCAGCCCACUGACUCAAACUCGCACUUUGAUCUGGCACCCAAGUAG